CUGCAGCUCUCCCAGGCCCGGUGCUCCCAUCGCUCCUACGCUUGCCCUAAAACAGGUUUGCUGUGAACCCAACCUGUCCUCUACUCUCUGAACGCCAGAACUGUGACGACUCGCCUAUAACCCAUCACGCCCCAAGGCUCGCCCGCACUCACCGUUCCCCCCGCGCGACCCAACCUUGCCAGCACGCACCCAAACUAUGGCUGCAGAUACGGCCCUCCAAAUCGAGGAAAGGGAUUCUCGCGUGGCCGAAUGGCUUGACGACAAGCUGCAGACAUUGGCCGACCUCGACACUCUCGACGCCCUGUUGCAGGAUGUCCGUACUCAACAGCUGCUCCUGCGAGAACAGCUCCACGAUGCGAAUCGAGCUUUCCACGACGCGAAGAAGGCGUCGCACGACCACCGUGCCUCGCUCCAAGCUGAGGCCCAGCGCUUCAGCCUGACCCAGCGCGACAUUGAUCGCAGGGUCGCCAUCAUGACCCAGUCAGAGACGAGCGAUGAUGCUGUAACCAAAUUCGAGGCCAGCAUGUCAAAGCUAAGGAGGCUUGAUAUCGCCGAGGGCUACGUUCGCCAGCUGCAGGAAGUUGACCGACUUAGUCAAUCAUGUUUGUCCUUCCUCGGGAUGGAUGACGCCGCAGCCCUGCAAGCCUAUCAUCGAAUGCACGAUCUGGCCUCCAGCUUGCCAGCCUUGCAGGAUGCGGCCGAAGGCGCCGCACCUCAUCUUGUCGAUUACGUCUUGGACGCAACCAAGCAGCUACAUUCGCGCAUCGAGUCCGGAUUCUCGUCGCAAUUCGAGGAUGUCUUACGUGCGAUACAGUGGCCGAUGCCUGGCCAGACGCUCCCUGCUGAACACGAAGCCACCUUCAAAGAGUGCGUUGGAAAACUUCUCGCCUUUCAGAAACCGGAUCUGGAGGCUUCCCUCACUGGUUCUCCCGAUGCCGCACGAAGCGAGCCGCCGAUGGUGCUGUUGCCUCUGCAAGUCAUGGUUCGACCACUCGAGCUCGCCUUUCGUUAUCAUUAUGACACCGAUAGGCCAACCAACCGGCUUGAGCGACCGGAGCAGUUCCUAAGCCACGUCACGGAGAAAUUACUCGUCGAAUUCGCAGAUUUCAUGUUGGACAACGUGCAACCCAUCCUGUCCGAGGCCCUUCAUGAUUCGGACGUCUCGCUGAACCCCGCAUACGGUGACGCGACGUCUGCGUUGAUCACUGCCCUGCUUCCCAUGGUGCGGAACAAAGUGUUCUCUAUUUUGCCACGUGUGGCAAAGAAGCCACAGCUGCUGAGCCAUCUGAUCCAUGAACUGAUGGCGUUCGACCAGACGCUCAGAGACGAGUGGAACUAUGACGAUGGCUGCAACGGGAAUGAUGGUUGGCGGGGCCUGACGUACGAGGUUCUUAGCACAGAAGAUUGGUUCAAUGUCUGGCUUAAUGUCGAGAAGGAUUUCGCGAUUGCUCGAUACGAGAAGAUCGUCGAGGCACCGGACAGCAAAGAUCUAGACUUCGACGCACUACCACGAGGCGUUACUACUCCGACAAAGGCGGCCAUUCGCGUCAACGAUCUUCUGGAGGCGACGACGGACAACUACCGCACCCUUUCGUCGUUCUCUCAUAAAUUGCGCUUCCUCAUCGACAUCCAGCUUUCCAUCUUCGAUCGCUACCAUGCCCAACUGCUCGACCACCUGAACGCGUACCAGAUACGCAACACGCGUAUCGGACGCACGAGCAAGGAAGAGCAGAUCGCUUUGCAAGGCAUUCAAGGGCUGGAGACGCUGUGCAAGAUCUACGGCAGCGCAGAAUACCUCGAGAAGGCCAUGCGUGAUUGGAGCGACGAUGUCUUCUUCCUCGACAUGUGGACCGAGCUGCAGGCCCGCGCUGACGGAUCCGCAUCGAAACAGCACGCGGCCGCGACAGUGGCGCAAGACAUGACGCUUGCCCAGGUCGCAGGCGUGACUUCGCAGUCGCUAGGCACCGAGGACGGGGCGCUCAACGGCGCCAUGUUCGACGAGACGGCGGCCGCUUACCAGCGCCUACGUGUACGCUGCGAGAACAUCCUCGUCGAGCUCGUGCAGAACCAGGUGCGCAGGGCGCUAGAGCCGUACACCCGCAUCAACCCGUGGGCCACCCUGUCCGAGGCCCAGAAGCAGCCUUUGCCUUCCACGGCCGAGCUCGACCCCCUGCUCACCGUCGUCAAGGACAACUUCACGUUUCUGUCCAAAGCGCUGGGCAAACUGCCGCUCAGGAAGGUGGUGCGUGCAGCCGCCCACGCGGUCGACGACGUGCUCUUCGACCGCGUGCUGCUCGUGCGCUCGUUCUCCGCCGCGGGCGCCGCACAGCUCGCCGCCGACAUCUCUGCCGUUCACCACGCCUUCGAAGCUUUUGUGGACGCGUCCGUGCCGGAGUUGGCGCUGAGGCACGUCACCGAGGGGGCAGCGCUCGUCGGGCUGCCCAUCAAAAGCGGCAAGGGCGAAGCGGACGUCAGUCAGGGAGAAGACGACGGUUUCGAAGACGACGACACGGUGGACAGACGGCUGGGUCUUUGGGAAGUAGAGAAGAAGCUACUUGAGGCAAGUGGCGACGUGGCGAAGCUGUGUUUGGCAGAGCUGGGCAUCGAGAAGUUGGCUGUACACGAGGCGAGGAAGGUCAUUGUAAGAAGGGUGGAGUUGAGCAGCUAGAAUUGUGCGAGAAGAAGAAGUAGUAGAGACCCUCUUUUUGGAGCUAUCGACGAUUGCAUGAAUACACUCUUGUGUACGACUAUGUCAUUUUCCUCGCUUAAGCGAUCUAACGCUCCAAUUCGCUCAUCGGAUAGGCU